CCCGCGCGCCCGGCUGCGGCCAGUGCCGGCCGCCGCAGCCCGUCCGACGGCGCCCGCGAUGAGGACGAGGAUGUCGACCAACUCUUCGGAGCCUAUGGCUCCAGCCCGGGUCCCAGCCCCGGCCCCAGCCCAGCACGGCCACCAGCCAAGCCGCCCGAGGAUGAGCCGGACGCCGACGGCUACGAGUCCGACGACUGCACCGCCCUGGGCACACUGGACUUCAGCCUGCUUUAUGACCAGGAGAACAACGCUCUCCACUGUACCAUCAGCAAGGCCAAGGGCCUGAAGCCAAUGGACCACAAUGGGUUGGCAGACCCUUACGUCAAGCUGCACCUGCUACCAGGAGCCAGUAAGGCAAAUAAACUCAGAACAAAAACACUGCGUAACACUCUGAACCCCACCUGGAACGAGACCCUCACUUACUACGGGAUCACAGACGAGGACAUGAUCCGGAAAACCCUGCGGAUCUCUGUGUGUGAUGAGGACAAAUUCCGUCACAACGAGUUCAUCGGGGAGACGCGUGUGCCCCUGAAGAAGCUGAAACCCAACCACACCAAGACAUUCAGCAUCUGCCUGGAGAAGCAGCUGCCGGUAGACAAGACAGAGGACAAGUCACUGGAGGAGCGGGGCCGGAUCCUCAUCUCACUGAAGUACAGCUCGCAGAAGCAGGGCCUGCUGGUCGGCAUCGUGCGCUGUGCACACCUGGCUGCCAUGGACGCCAAUGGCUACUCAGACCCCUACGUAAAAACAUACCUGAAGCCAGACGUGGACAAGAAAUCCAAACACAAGACUGCAGUAAAGAAGAAAACCCUGAACCCAGAGUUCAAUGAGGAGUUCUGUUACGAGAUUAAGCAUGGGGACCUGGCCAAGAAGACGCUGGAGGUCACUGUUUGGGACUACGACAUUGGAAAAUCCAAUGACUUCAUUGGCGGCGUGGUCCUGGGCAUCAACGCCAAGGGUGAGCGCCUGAAGCACUGGUUUGACUGCCUGAAGAACAAGGACAAGCGGAUCGAGCGCUGGCACACGCUGACCAACGAACUCCCAGGGGCCAUUCUCAGCGACUGA